CUGGGCCAGAUGCGCCAGGGAGGUGGGACUCUGGGCUGACCAAUUAGAACCUGCUAGGGCCAGGGGGUGGGUUACAGUUUUGCAACUUCCUUGGGUUACAGACUUCUAGAGAUCGUCAUGCUGCCGCUAACCUUUUCUCUUUCUCGACAAGUCCUUCUUGGAAGGAGGAAGAUCUUAAGAGUCUGGAACAAACCGGCUGCCUUUAUGUCUACUUUGCUGAUAAAUCAGCCCCAGUAUUCCUGGUUGAAAGAUCUGGGACUCAAAGAAGAAAAUGAAGGCGUGUAUAAUGGGACCUGGGGUGGAAGAGGAGAGGUUGUUACAAGCUACUGUCCAGCUAACAAUGAACCCAUAGCAAGAGUACGUCAGGCCAACCUGAUGGACUAUGAAGAAACACUAAAGAAAGCCAAAGAAGCCUGGAAAAUAUGGGCAGAUAUUCCAGCCCCUAAACGAGGAGAAAUAGUAAGACAGAUUGGUGAAGCCUUGCGACAGAAGAUCCAAAUCUUAGGAAACUUGGUAUCUUUGGAGAUGGGAAAAAUCUUAGUAGAAGGUGUUGGAGAAGUUCAGGAGUAUGUCGAUAUCUGUGAUUAUGCUGUUGGCUUAUCACGAAUGAUUGGAGGACCCAUCUUGCCUUCAGAAAGACCUGGUCAUGCCCUCAUCGAACAAUGGAAUCCUUUGGGCUUAGUUGGAAUCAUCACUGCAUUUAACUUCCCAGUGGCUGUGUAUGGCUGGAAUAAUGCCAUUGCUCUGAUUUGUGGGAACGUUUGCCUUUGGAAAGGAGCACCAACAACUUCACUCAUUAGUGUAGCGGUCACAAAGAUAGUGGCCAAAGUUUUGGAAGAUAACAACUUACCUGGUGCAAUCUGUUCUAUGACAUGUGGUGGUGCUGAUAUUGGCAUGGCAAUGGCCAAAGAUGAGCGGGUAGACCUGCUGUCCUUCACAGGAAGCACCCAAGUGGGGAAAGAGGUGGCAGUCGUGGUCCAGGAGAGGUUUGGGAGAAGUUUGUUAGAACUUGGAGGAAAUAAUGCUAUUAUUGCUUUUGAAGAUGCAGACCUCAAUUUAGUUAUACCUUCAGCUCUUUUUGCAGCCGUUGGGACUGCAGGCCAGAGAUGUACAACUGCUAGACGACUGUUUUUGCAUGAAAGCAUCCAUGAUGAAGUUGUAGACAAACUUAAAAAGGCAUAUGCACAAAUUCGCAUUGGAAAUCCAUGGGACUCAAAUGUCCUCUGUGGGCCCCUCCACACCAAACAAGCAGUAAAUAUGUUCCUUGGUGCAGUAGAAGAUGCCAAAAAUCAAGGCGGUGUCGUGGUCUAUGGUGGGAAGAUUAUAAAUUGCCCUGGAAAUUAUGUUGAGCCAACGAUUGUGACUGGUCUUCCUCAUGAUGCAUCCAUUGUGCACAGAGAGACAUUUGCUCCUAUCCUUUAUGUCUUAAAAUUCAAGAAUGAAGAAGAGGUCUAUUCAUGGAAUAAUGAAGUGAAACAGGGUCUUUCCAGUAGUAUCUUCACAAAGGAUUUGGGCAGAAUCUUUCGAUGGCUUGGGCCUAAAGGAUCAGACUGUGGCAUAGUAAAUGUCAAUAUUCCAACGAGUGGUGCUGAGAUUGGAGGUGCUUUUGGAGGUGAGAAGCAUACUGGUGGUGGCAGAGAAUCAGGAAGUGAUUCAUGGAAGCAAUAUAUGAGACGAUCUACUUGCACCAUCAACUAUAGUAAAGACCUUCCUCUGGCACAAGGAAUCAAGUUUCAGUAACAGUGUUAUUUUGGGUGUUAUGUGAUCUCUAAAUUUUUCAGCAUUUCAAAAUGUACAAUAUGGGCUACUAUCCUACCUCUUUAAGAUUUUCAUAAAUCAUGGACCUCUUUUUGUCAUUUGAAAGAGGAAAAUAAGGUUACAGAAAUAGCAUAAGGGCAUUUCUUAAUUGAAAGAUCAAAUUGCUCAUCAUGCUCAUUUUCUUUUUUUAAAGAAAAAUUUUGGAUUUGAAAUUAACAUGUUAAUUUGCUUAAAAACAACGAAAAUCUGAUUAAUGUAUCUUUUGAAAAGAAAACAGGGCAGGUAGAUGGCUCAGUGGAGAAAGCCAGAUCUGAAGAAAGGUGGUCCUGGGUUCAAAUAUGGCUUUAGUCACUUCCUAGCUGUGUGACUUCAGGCAAGUCACUUAACUCCAAUUAUAUAACCCUUACCACUCUUCUGCUUUGGAAUGGAUACCUGGUAUUGAUUCCAAGACAGAAGAUAAGGGUUUUUUUAAAAAAGGAAGAAAAUAGAAAGCAAAUGUUAAUAGACUUGAACAAUACUUGUAGGAUAGUGGGAAAUGCUAACCAUAUUUCUAAUGACAGUGGCCUUAAUAAGUUUUUUAAUCUGUUCUCUUCUAUACUCAUUCUUAUCAUUUCAUGCAUAAAUGUUAUCAUUUGAAUCAGAAAAUCUUUUAAACAAGUAACUUAAUGGUGAAAGAAAGUCUUCUAGACUUUGACCAAGUGUUAUGCCACAAUGGUUGUGAAAACUAUUGACUGUAUAAUGAAUAUUACUACAUGUAGACUUAAAUAUAUACAUAGUCUCAGGCUUGUCACUCUGAUCAUAAAUUUUGAUGUCAUGUGGGUUUGUGGAUUAAUGGAUUUAUAUAUAGGGUCCACAGAAUUUCCUUUUCUCCAAGCUCAUAAUCUAGGGCUGAGGAUCACUAAAAUAAAACUUGUGUGGAUUUUAUAAAGAAAAUCUAUUUCGAUCAUCAGAUUUUUCUGUUUUGUUUUAACUACUGGCAAUUGAGACUCCAUGUGAUUGAGUAAGGAUUCCAAUAUAGAUUUCUUUGGGUUGGAGUGUAAGGUUCUAAAUAUGUCAAAAUAAAAUUCAUCUGUAGUAUUUCAAUCAGGCAUACUGAUAGCCAGGUCAUGUCAAUCAUGUAAUCUUGAUCAAGUUCAAUUUAAGAAUGUUUCCUAUAUGAAGGUAAGCAGAAUUUGGAUGAUUUUUCUAAAUAAUUGUAUAAAACUUUUGUUUAAAGAUUGACAUAUCAUAUUCUAUUGCCAAUAUACAAUGGUUUUUCAAACUAUUGUCUCUAAAUGCAUAUUUUAUUUAUACUGGGUUUAAAUUUACUUACAUUUGUAAUUAUUCUUUUUUACCAAUAACUUCUCAAUGAGAUAUACCACUCAUGUUUCUAAAAUGUCUUGUUUGACAUGGAUUGUUUUGACCCCUUUUAUAUAAAAGUGCUAAUUUCAAGUUUUUUUCUAAGAGGAGGAUAGAGUUCCAAUUUGGGACACUAAAAUAAUUUCAUAUAACUGACUUAGAAUACUGUCUUUUCUGGAAUGUAUUUCCUAGCAAUAAUAAUGAAAUAUUUCCUCUUUUUCCAUUGAAAUUGAAAAAAUUUUUAAAAAGCUACCAUUUGGAGAUAGAACAUUUCUGUAUGUGUGGAGAAAUAAAGUAUUCUUAAUUUGAAAAAAA